CUGUCCUUAUUAUUCAGACAUGGUCGGGGUUGAACCAGGUUUAUAUUCUUGUAUACCUAUAGCCAACCACCUGUGCAUACACGCUUUUCUACACAAGUAUUGGUAUCUGCUAACGUACUAGUGACAUAAGGGUGGAAAUCUGUAAAGGGAGGGGCUGGCCGAAAAUGGCUGUCACACUUAGGGCAAGAUUUCUAAAAGAGGACAAUUGACUGACGACUGUCUUCCAGCUCAAGAAAUGGACACUAUUAAAUACAGAAACUGUAACAGUAAGCCGAUCAAUAAUUAAUAUGUUAUUGUUAAAAGGUGAUCCCAGUGCAUUGUUGAUACCACCCUCAGAUUUGACAUCACUGAACUGUGCUCAAAGGUAGAUUUACUACAAUUAUAGUCACACAUGAACGUGGAAUAAUACAUUUUUACAAGGAAUUGCCUGUUACUAAUAUAACGAGAUAAUGCUGAACCCAAUAAUUUUUCGUAUGGCUAAGCAAAAGCCUUGUGAAAUCAACGUCAGUUGGAUUGAUUAGGGGUGAUAGAAAAAAUACUGCCAUAUCGUAAACAAGGAAAGAUGCAUGCCUCUUCUUUGCAAUUUUUUUUCCUUUUGUUGUUUGCUGCUUUUGGCAACAACUAUGUUGCGUGUACACCAGAUGCUGAAAAGACAGGAAGCAGUAGUAAAAUACAACUCAGGGCACCGUAUUUACCAUGGCGACUUGUCAUUUGCCUGACGCAACCACAAAAUCCAUUAAAAACGACUAUUCAAAAAGCAUGGGACGAGGCAAGACUGGAUUCAUCUCAAGGCAAAAUGGAAGUUUCCUACGUUGAAGUGAUGCUGCCCACCAGCACCGAUUCUUUAUCAUAUUCAUUGACGCUUUUGGAUAAGUUUUGUACAGCUAUAGAAGGUGGUCGAACCAUUCUAAGCCUUGUAAUAGGAGGAGGACCUUCGGCAAGAUUUUUGAUGAAGGCUGCAACGUCUUUAAAUAUUCCAACUUUAUGGCUACCAUCAUCUCAUCGAGAUUUCCUGCGUCAGGGAAGAAAUGAGAAGUUUGAGAGUCGUUUGGGCACUGGAGCAGAAGAAGUCGGUGCAGCGGCAGCAGCUCUAAUGCAUAAAGCGAACUGGCACGCAUUCACACUUUUGAUUGACAUCACAUUGCUUCCUAUAAAUCACUUACUCUUGGCUGAUCUACCUAUUCUCACACCAAGAUCUGUGAUUCAUCUUCCAGCAAAUGAUCAAACUCUAAAAACAAGACUCCGCCGUGUCGCAGAAGGAGGCAGCAGUGGGGGUGUCCUGGUUAUGGCCUGUGAUUUGAACACCGCUCGAAGAGUCAUUUCUGCAGCCAGCAAGUAUGGAAUGCUUGCAGGAAGAUUUUUAUGGCUCUGGCUAGACCUCAAAAUGGAAUUGAAACCAAAUGAACCAAGCUUGUCUAUUUCGAACAUCGCUCAUAAUGCACGCUCUACAGUGAAUUUAAAUAUUGAUAACCUGAGACAUACGGAUUUUAACGCAGAUUUUGAAUUAAAGGAGGAAAUUCAUUUGCAUACGCUGCCGAAUUUGGCAAAUGACAUACAUCGACUGCAAGAAUACAGAUGGCGGGAGGAACCACCCCUUAUAAAGCGUAAGGAAAGGGGUACAAGAGCAAAGGAGCAUGAAGAUAUUAAGGUGGAUGAUAAAGAAUUGAAUUCAAAAGUGCCAAUGCCUGUGGGAAUGCUUGCAUUGAGAUCAAGUAAUAUGAAAAUCACAACUGGUGAUACAGUUCUGACAAGAAUGUUGAGAGAAGCUUCUGAGGCAUUAGACCAUACAAUUUAUGAGACCCGUCAAGGAUUAGCCCGUAUUCGGGAUACUCAAUUGAAAGAAUACUUUGUCCCCUCAUGUUUUGCUCGUCAUGAUGCCAAGUUCCUAUCUAAUGAGGAAAGAGAAAAUGUUUCAGCCCUCCUAACAAAGAGGUUGAGAAAAUCCAUGCGUCAAAUUUCUAAGGACAAGUCAGAGUUCCACCUUUUGAACUUGCAACCUGUAAUCACUCCAGGUAAUAAGACUCAGCUAAAAUGGACCAAGGUGGGUACUAUCAAGGGCGGAGGGAAAGAUGUUCGACUUGACACUAUAAUCUGGCCCGGAGGAGGGAUAAUACCUGCCUACCUGGAUCAAGUCGGAGUUGGGGAUGGGAUUCCUGCAUAUCGAAUUGUAACUGCACUCUCUCCACCAUUCGCAAUGGCAACAAGCUUACAAGAAGGUUUAUGUCUAAGGGGUAUAGCUUGCCGGCAUGGUAACUAUACCAUGUGUUGCUACGGACUUAGUAUGGACUUGUUAUCUUUAGUAGCACGAGAGCUGGGAUUCCGUUUCGAAUUGUAUGUCGCCCAAGAUGGUCUAUUUGGGAGUCGAAUUGGAAUGAGUGACAAGUGGAAUGGAAUUGUGGGUGAACUGAUGUCAGGCAAGGCUCAGUUAGCAUUUGCCCCAUUGAGUGUUUCAGCAAAAAGAGCAGAGGUGGUGGAUUUUACAUCACCCUAUUUCUUCAGUGGGGUCAGUUUCCUCGCAGCACCUCAAAUCAGUACAGAGAUCCCAUUGCUAGCAUUUUUGCUGCCGUUCAGUACCGAACUAUGGAUCGCAGUUUUUACAUCGCUCAACAUCACAGCAAUGGCUGUUGCUGUUUAUGAAUGGUUCAGCCCUUUUGGACUCAACCCAUGGGGCAGGCAACGCAGCAAAAACUUUUCCAUCGCAUCUGCUCUUUGGGUAAUGUGGGGUCUUCUCUGCGGGCAUCUGGUCGCUUUCAAAGCCCCAAAAUCUUGGCCGAAUAAAUUUUUGAUCAACGUUUGGGGUGGAUUUUCUGUCAUCUUUGUCGCAUCUUACACUGCUAACAUUGCGGCCCUCAUCGCGGGACUCUUUUUUCAUUCAGCUGUUAGAAACUACCACGAUCGCAGUUUAUUGUCGCAGAGAGUCGGAGCUCCCCGAGCAUCGGCAGCGGAAUAUUACGUGCAGCGUGCAAAUAAAAUAUUAUGGUCACACAUGGCUCGUUACUCAUUGUCAGAUGUGGCAGAGGGGGUUGAAAAAUUGAGGAAUGGUACUCUGGACAUUCUCAUAGCGGAUACGCCAAUUUUGGAUUAUUAUCGAGCUACAGAUAAUGGCUGUAGAUUGCAAAAGAUUGGCGAUACGAUUAACGAGGAUACCUAUGCGGUAGCAUUGUCCAAAGGCCAUCCACUGAAGGAGAGUAUUUCUAGAGCGAUAGCAAAUUAUACCAGCAAUGGUCUGCUUGAUAUUUUGCAGGAGAAGUGGUAUGGAGGCUUGCCCUGUAUCCGUGGUAGUGAAAGAAUGGACAGUGGGCUUGACCCUGAGGUGAGAGGGCAGCCACGACCACUUGGCGUAGCUUCUGUUGCAGGAGUGUUUUGUCUUUUGGGACUAGGCGUUGUUCUCGGAGCCAUAAUUUUAGCGGGAGAGCACCUCUUCUAUAGAUACACUUUACCAAGGCUGAGACAUAGGCCCAGAAGUUCAAUCUGGCGUAGCAGAAACGUGAUGUUCUUUUCCCAGAAGCUAUACAGAUUUAUCAAUUGUGUUGAAUUGGUAUCGCCCCACCAUGCAGCUCGGGAAUUGGUACAUACCCUGAGACAAGGACAAAUUACAUCUUUGUUCCAGAAGAGUGUAAAGCGGGUUCCCAUGUUCCAGAAGGAACACGAGCAGCGUCGACGACGGAAAAGUAAAGCCCAGUUCUUUGAGAUGAUACAGGAGAUACGUAGGGUUCAACAAGAAGAAAAAACCGAAACCGAGCCCAAGGAUGCGGAGUCGCGGCGCAUCACAAAGAAAGAAGAAAGAACUGGCAAAGGAAGAGAAAGAAGCCGCAGCAAAAGCCCUUUAAUGCCCAGAAGUCCGAAACGAACUGAGAAAUGUAGAAGUUCUACGAAUUUAUCAAGUUCGCGAUUGGGGCUGUCUCCCAUUAGCCUUGAAGCACCAAUGAGACCGAUGGAAUUUACAUUGAGCAACACGAACCUCCGUGCAAGAAGUCCUCUAGAAACAGUUGGUCGAAGGCUAAGCCACGGAGAUGGUGGGUCCCCACCUCCUAGACUCGGAUCACAUUUGGGUGGAAGUGCAAAUCUAAGGCCUCAGGCACCAGUGAGAGGAGAUUCCCUUGGAGGGGGGGCCACGACUCCCAGAUAUUCCCGAAGUCCGGCAAAAAGAGGUCAAUCAUUCCCUGUAUUUGCUACUCUUCGUCCACCACCUUCGGGAGGGCAUCAGAGGUCCAAGAGUCCCUUGCUAUCGCCGAACAGCGAAUUAACUUCUGCCAUUGGUAGAAAGUUAUCCAGAGAGUGGGGUUCCAGUAACAUUGAUCUGAGGAUUUCAUCCGUCGCAGAAGUGGUUUCCGGAAUAGAAAAAGCUCCGGAGCAAGAGACAACACUUAUCAUAGAGCAGUCGGCUCCCGACAAAAAGCUGCCGGAGAUACCCGGAACAAAAAAACCAGUAAGACGAGCACGUAGUCAUGAGAAUCGAGAGACUGCCAAGCACUCGAUAGACAUGCCAUCACCAAGACUGAACGUCCAGCCUGUAGUAGGAGGUCGAUCGGUGAGUGAACGCACCAAAAAGCAACUUGAGUCUGAAUUAAAAGCAAUUUUGAGUGCCAGGGCUCAUCACCGCGACUUACAUCCUCCUUGAUAGGCUUCGAGCUCUUGUCGUACGCACUUGAAAGCACAAAGCUUAGAAGCUUCCUGCCUUUGAGGGGCUUCGAUUGAUUUAAGCAAUAUCAGAAUAAUAGGUCAAUUUGUAGAGGAAACUGAAAAAAUAAAAAUAAAAAUAACGACAUUCUUAAAAACUAGACAGCCUUGGUGGACCUUAUAACCAGGAGGUGCUUCAUGAUGGAGAUCACCUCUGUUUGUUCAUUCGUUGUUACGUACAUUGAUAAUUUAGGUAACAUUACAUUAAAAAGUGCUAUAAAAUUUAGUAGAGAUGUCCUAAUAAGUGAAGUAACACGAUAUAUUAAUAUUAAGAUAUUUUCUUGUUGGCGUUUUAAUUCUAUAUUUACCGCUGGCCCGGGUGAGUCUCUCUUUCGAUUGCAAUGGAAAUAAAUGUUGUCUACUGCGGUAUUUCUCAACUUGAUAUUGGCUUUAUGGUUGGAAUUUUACGAGAGUGAAUCAUCGUACAAUGAUCGCAAUCAAAAUAACGUCUCAAGGUACCCUAAAUCCAGAAGUUGAGAGGUACCGAUUUAACGGAUUUUAAUGAAUUGAACUAAAUACUGCCACUUUAAUUAAACUUGUGAUUGUGGAAGGAGGGGCUCGCAUAUAAGGCUCUAGGCAUGUAACGACCACAAACCACUCGUGCACAAAUAUUUCUGAUAAUUUCUGCGCCAAUUAAUUGUUGACGAAAACAAAAGAAAUUAAGAACAUCAUCCCAGAGAAAUUGUAACUUCAUUUUAAUCACAAGUAUUCUAGUAUAAAAUUCUCAGAUACUUUACAUAGCAUCUAGUGAGUAUAAAAUAUUUCUCUAAGUGAUCUGGUAUUAACCAUUUGACGACCAAAUAACGUCAAAGCCAAAUCAUUACUAAUUUUUGAAGAAUAAUGAGUAAACAAUUUAUCUCUACGAUCUGAUGAUAAAUCGCUUUGUGAUCUGACAAAAAUGACAUUUAUUUACUCCUACUAUCUAAUCUUAGACUAUUAGAGUGAAUGCAUGGGACUAAAUUAAAAAAAUUAAUUUUAAAUGAUUCAUAAGCGAGGCCUUAGGAGUAGUCGUAUCCGCCCAAUACUUUACUUACUAGCGUUAUUGUAUUUGAAAAUUUCACUAUAUUAUAUUAUAGAAUAUUUAGAUAUUUAGUUGGACUGUUUAUCGUUAGAAAGACUAUAAUUAUACUUAUUAACAAACUCUCGAAAGUCGUAAUCACUAGGUUCCUACAGAUAUACCAUCGAUGCAAGUUUGCCCUCAUGCAGCAUAGGGAGAACGCAGGGUGAUGCUAGGAAUUAAAAAAACACGCGCCGGAAUUUCGGACAGGUGAUUAUUAAAGAGGUCAUUGUCUGCACUACUUUAUUAUUUUUGAGUCGUUUCCAUAUCUGCGCUGGG